AUGGUGCUUGUGGACAGGACACUCACAGACAGCAAACUGCUAAAGAACUACCUGAGCUACCAAAGAGCCUUGGAUUAUUCUGCUUUUGAAGACAUCAUGAAAAAUGGAUUUGAAAGACUGGUCCCUCGACAGCCAAUUGAAUUGCUCCAGAUGAAACGAUCUGAGCUUCCAGCCCCUUCCUCCAGUCAAAAAAUUGACUCUGCUGCAUGGCAAGAAUGUGUAAACAAUUAUAUGGCCCAGCUAGAGCAUCAAGCAACUUUAAUUGAGAAUCUGAAACUAAUGUCACAGCGUGGAUGUAAUGCCUGGAAGGUAUAUGAUGAAAAUCUAGUUCAUGUGAUUGAACACACAGAGAAAGAAGAGCUUCAGAAGUUAAGAAAACAUAUUCAAGAUUUAAACUGGCAGCAAAAGAACAUGCAACUCUCAGCUGAAACUAAAUCAAGAGAAAUCGAAUCAAAUUGGAUAUCCCUCAUCCGUAAGAAUUACAAGACUGAACAGACUACGGGACUAUUGUUCAACUAG